AUGCAACAAUCACCAACUGGAGUACAACAACAACAGGUUGGCUUACAACAACCCAAUCAACCACAACUUCAACAGCAACCACAACAACUGCAACAACAACCACAACUUCAACAACAACAAUAUGGAAAGCAAACUUCUGGAUUACAACCAUCUGGAAUUCAAUCCACUCAACCAAAGCUUCAACAAGAACAAGGACUUGAAAGUAGUCAAUUAUCACAACAAUUAAAAUGUCCGCUUGGAUAUGGUUCAGACUCAUUCACUUCCAAGGAAGUCAGUAAGCAAUUUGGUAAAAUUCCAGGUGUGAUUGAACAAAAUGAAAUUAACAGACAAAAUAUCAUUACAAGACAAACAGGUUGUCCAAUUGGUCAUGUCAAGGAUUCUUUAACAUCUGGCAGUCAAGGUCCACUUUGUGUUCAAGAUUUGGAUUUGUUAGAAAAGCUUCAACAUUUCAAUACUGAAAAGAUUCCUCCAAGAAAUGUACAUGCUUUGGGAACUGGUGCUUAUGGUACAUUUACUGUGACAAAUGACAUUUCCAAGUAUACUUGUGCUGAUUUGUUUAAUCAAGUUGGAAAGUCAACUCAAUUUAUUACUAGAUUUUCUGGUAUCUUUACUGAAGUUGGAGAUCCAGAAACUACAAGAGAUCCAAGAGGAUUCGCUAUCAAAUUCUAUACUAAGGAAGGUAACUGGGAUUUAUUGGGCAUCAACACUCCUGUCUUUGCUGUCAGAGAUGCCAAAGCAGGUCCAGACCAAGUCCAUGCUUUCAAACGUGAUCCAAGAACUGGUUGCUGGAACAUUACCCAAACCUGGGACUAUGUUGCCAACCACCCAGAAGGACUCCAUCAAAUGGCCAUGCUCUUCACAGAUCGAACUGGAACUCCUCUUUCCUACAGAACCAUGAAUGCUUAUGGUUGCCACACUUUCUCAUUGGUCAACUCUGCCAAAGAACGUUUCUGGGUCAAAUUCCAUUUAGUUUCUCAACAAGGAGCUUUCGGUUUCAAUCAACAUGAAGCAAAAUUAGUAGCAGGUGAGGAUCCAAAUUUCCUUUCUCGUGAUUUGUAUCAGUCAAUUGAGAAACAGAAUUUCCCUCGUUGGAAGAUGAUGAUUCAGGUCAUGCCAGAGGAGGAAGGUUACAAACAUCCAUGGACAUUUGAUGCUACAAAGGUUUGGAAACAUGCAGAUUAUCCAUUGAUUGAGGUUGGUACGUUGGAGGUGAAUAGAAAUGUUGUGGAUUAUUUCACAGAGGUUGAACAAGUGGCCUUCUCUCCUGCUACUGUUGUUCCUGGAAUUGGAUUGAGUCCUGAUAAGCUAUUGCAAGGAAGAUUAUUAAUUUAUGAUUAUACUCAAAUUCAUCGUAUUGGUCCAAACUUUAAGCAACUCUAUGUCAAUCGUCCACAUGGCAUUGAACCAAUGAAUAAUUACCUGGGUGGUAACAUGUACAUUCCAAUCAAUGAUUCCUUCCCUCACUAUACUGGAAGUGCCUUUGGAGGUUUGAAACCAAAUGCCAAAUACAUUGAUCCACCAUUUAAGGUUACUGGAAAUUGUGGUCUGUAUGAAGUUCCAAAUGAAGGUUCUUUCGAGGAUUUGUAUUCUCAAGUUGCUGAUUUCUGGAAGAUUCUCCCAGAGAAGGAUAAGAAUAAUUUGUGUGAUAAUAUUGCUGCCAGCUUCUUUAGAGUGACUGAACAAAGAGUGAUUGAUAAAAUGUUGCAACACUUUGCUCAAUGUGAUCAACAAUGGGCUCAAAUUAUUCAGACCAAAUUGAAGGAGAGAAGAGAAGGCAAAUGGAUGAGUGAGAGUGAAAAGGUCUGUAUGAAUUAUGCUCAACAAUUAUUGACCAUGACUCGUCGAGAAGCUCUUUAA